AUGAUAAGAAGGACAUCCUACGUUUCUACCAAAUAUGACAAGCGCAGAAGCUUGGAACGGCGGGCCUCUGUCCAAGAAAGUUUGGAUGCUGCUUUGGGGAUUGGCUUUGAUGAUGAAAUUCCGUUGUUUGUCAUUCAGUACGAUGUGCGAACAAAUUCGGUGUCUCCUCCAUCUCCCCGAAGGGAAGGUAGCCAAGUUCCAAAACCUAAAAAGAUUACGCAAAGAAGAAGGUCUCUGAACGCCACAGUUGAGAAAAAGCGCAAGUGCCCACCGCGGCGAGUCUCCAGCGCUGAUUCUGCAGGUUCGGCUCGCCCUUCAGAGACAAUACGCAUGUCAGAUUCCACCGAAACGACAAGUGCCACAAUAAGUGAACAUAAUAAGAAGCAACUUAGGAAACAAAGAAAGUCGAAGAAACUAAAAAAGAAGAGCGCGAAACUGAACGACGACUCUACCGUACUGACGGUACCAACAACACAAGAAGUGACUGAUGCCAAAAACACUACAAGGUCCAAAGGAAAUACUUCACCUUCGAGUAGAUCAUCGAGGAAGCCGAGAAAGAAGAGUGACCUUACCAUAAUAAGUCUAGCAGCAAAAGUGACUUCCGAAAACUGUCCAAGAUCCAAAGAAAGAACCUCACCUUCGGGAAGACGAAGCAAGUCCGCCGUCAAAGAAACCACCUCGCCUUCGGGUCUACGAGGAAAGCCAGCUUUCAAAAAGAGAAACUCAUUUUUCGUUCCCACCAACUCUCCACUGCACGAAUCAAUCUGCAUAGAUGAGUUACACUUGCCAGAUCCCAAUCUACGUCGGGGGUCUUCUGUUAUGUUCUCAGAUUUUUCUGAAAUGACCUUUGUUGCCGCCUUGUCAGAGGGCAAUAACGGGGAUCUCUUUUACAACGACGAAGAGCUAGCCGAAUUUCGUCACGAAGCCUUUUUAGAAAGUUGCGGCUUGGGCGAAGAGUAUAAGCAUCUAUGA